CCACUGGUGAGCUUCACUGCAUAACUGUUGACAGGUUGUAGCUUCAAGAAUUCCGGAUUUCUUGCUAAUAGUCAAAACAGGUUCCAAAGCUCCUCCGCCUUGCUCACUUGAGCUCCCUCUCCUCUACCAUGUCCUCACAGGCCUUGCAAGAGGCAAUUGUGAGCCUCGACCCAGCCGUAUUCCGUGCUGCCUUGAUCCAAGCCUCCGAGAACACCCACUCCAUCUCCACCCUCCAUCUGGCGUACCUCCGCAUCUGCCUCGAGACCGGCGCAUACGAGGAUGCAGUUCCGGUCUUGGAGACGGGGUUCUACGAGUUCUCCAGCGAUUCCCGAGCUACAGUGCAGGAUCUGGUGCACAAAGAGACGGGCGUCAACCUGAAGGCCCCGAAGGACUCGUCUGACCAACGACACGGCAAGGAGAAGCUGACGGUGCAGCAUGUGCAGGAGUUCUUGAUGCUGGGGGCGAUCGUUUACAUUACGUUGAGGAAAUUCACCGAGGCACAGCUGUUCCUGGAGCAUAUCUUGACGACCCCGUCAUCGAACGCGGCGAAUGGGCUCAUGGUGGAGGCGUACCGGAAGUGGGUGCUCGUGAGCUGUCUACUGAAUGGAUCGGUUCCCAAACCACCGCGAACAGCUAACAGCACCGCUAUGCGAACGGUCCAAGGCGCGUCUCGAGCGUACGAGGGACUGGCGGAGGUUUUCCGAAGCGGCAACAAGGUACGAUUUCUAGCGGAGAUGGACGUGGGAAUCAACAUAUGGACAUCGCACGGCAACCUCGGUCUAGUAGAAGAACUCCUUGACCAGUUCCCCCUGUUCGCCAUCCGCACCCUCCAAAAGAUCUACAGCGCCCUCCCCCUCGAUACCGUCGCCACGCACCUGUCCUGGACCGUCCCCGAGACCCGCACCUACCUCCAGACCCUCAUCGCCACCGGCCAGCUUAAUGCGGCCGUCGAGCAGCGCCCGCCCCCCCCUCACCACGCCUCCACCUCCGCACCCCCCCGACUCCUAAUCCUCCGCUUCUUCACCGACCCCCGCUCCGGCCCGCUCGCGACGACGGAGGCCGAGCAGCAAGCGGUGCUAAUGGCGCAGGCGGGACGGGUGACGGAGCUGGCGCAGGAUGUCCGCGUAGCGGACCAGCGGCUCGCGACCAGCCGGGACUACCUGGUGCAUCUGCGGAGCGCGAACCUGAAGAGUCAGAAGGAUCAGGGGGAGCGGGCGGGGAUGAUGGCGGCGGUGAUGGAGGAGUUUGAUCAGGGGCCGGUUCCGUCGGAGAUGUUGGCGGCGGAGGACGGGUUAGAUGAUGAGGAUAUGAUGGGGGAUUUGCCUUGAUUGAUAGGACUGUCGAUUGUUUCUCUACUAUCCCCGCCAAUGGUUGGAACAAACGUUGCGGUGGAGGCAUUGGUGCAGGAUGGACUUCCUUAUUCCUGGCAUCACGAUGUUCCCUAGAAGCAUUGGGUGGAGCAACGGUUUACGAUGUGUGAUGAUGAUGACAUAAUACCGUACUGGUAACAAGAACCAAGCAGUCUUGAUACGAAUGGAAGGUUCAGGAAUGAAUUGGGGAUGCUGCUUCCUCUGGUUAGGCGGUAAAGCCUGUGAAGGAACCGUCACUUCUGUGCUGGUGCAUGUGUCCUCAACUCAACUAGCUAGAACCACAUGAAUUAAUAAUAAUUCCAU